GCUAAUAUGGGGAAUAUGUUUAAUUGAUUAUGGGCAUUUUUGUCAUUUCAUUUGUUAUCCUUUCUCCAUUUCAUUCCACGUGGUUAUUGUGCUGGCAUCCUUGCCUCUUUCAUCGACCUUCAUCAUAUUCUCUUCUACUACAUCAAAACAAAAAUUGGGCAGUUUUCUUUCAUCACAAGGAUAUUGCUGCAAUCUUAAGUGGAUAUGGACACAAGUUUCUACGAGUAUCAAAUAACCUAGACCUAAAGAUGGGACUCUUUAUCUGCUAUGUGCGUGAAUAUUUCAUUGUGAAGCAGAUAACUAUAAAAAUGUACCAGGUUGCCGGUGAAGAAAGGUUACUAUUUUGGGCAGUAUGCAACAUUCAAUUGCAGGUUAUAUCUUCAGUUACCACUCUUAUCUUUUUCAUUAGUUUUGCUCCACCACCAGAAACAUAAUUUAAGUCUUGGUUACAUUCGUUUUCUUGAUAGUACGGUAAUAGCUUUUGUCGAUAGUUAAACAAAGCGGCAUGGGCAAUCAAGAUUCAUAAAUUCGACCUGAAAUUGCUCUAGAUUGAAGGAUAUUUGUUGUUGGUGGUGGUGGUGGUGUCGUCUUUCAAUUUAAUAUCGUUUACAACAUUGGCUAUGAUAUCAUAGCUUAAAUGAAGCGAUAUGGACAGUGAAGAUUCAUAAUAUAGUUGAUCUUACCUUACUCGACAUUGAGCCAUUAUAACUAUUUGCAGUAUUCCUAAUGAAACUCAAUACUUACAAUUUUGUGAAUUAAUUUGAAAUUUUUGUGUUAUCGAUUGUUAAAUUGUUAGUUUUUGUGGGACUUAAUUUAGCAAUUGCUUAUUGUGAAUUUAAAAUUUGACAAUGAUAUGUUUAAUUGCUUUUACAUAUAGACAUGUGGUUUGAAACCAAUAGGUUCUUUUUUUUCCCUGUCAUCUGAUUUAGUUAAUGGGUUCUCUUUGUUUCAUGUUAUACAUAGAGGAUCCGUCUUCUAUGCUAUUUACUUUCCAUGUUGGUUUUUGAUGGAUAUGCAAUUUUGGAGUUUCAGAUUUCUACU